AUGACAGAGUCAAAAGUACUAGAAACAAACAAUACCCUAAUCGAUCAAACAUUGGAUAUUUUACAAUCCUCAUCUACGUCACAGCUCCAUAAUAGUAAAAGCCGCUCUGCAGUAUCAACAGUAGUGACAACGGCAGUAUCAGCAGCAGUAUCAGCGGCAGUACCAACGGCAGUAUCAAGAGCAGCACCAACAGCAGUAUCAACAGCAGCACCAACAGCAGUAUCAACAGCAGUACCAGCGGCAGUACCAUCUUCUCCUCCUCCUUCUUCGUCAGGAUCACCAUCUACAACUAAUGCUGGCAUUGACACAAGUCCUACUACUACUCCUACUAUUACUCCUAAUACAACGACAUCAGCUGCAACUGUAGACAAAGACACAGAUACAGAUACAAGUACAGCUCAAAAUGCAAGAGAAUCAGUAUCGAUUGAAGAACAACAGCGAAUUUCUUUAAAGGAAAAGAAUCUUGAUGAGAUAAAACAACAAUGUCGCACUUUGAUACAUGAAUUAGAAGGCAAUCAACACCCAGAAGUGAUCAUUAAAAAACACAUUCAACAAUUGAAAAAAUAUAAUGAAUUGAAGGAUGUGGCUUUACAGUUGGUAACAUUAAUUGCCGACCAACGCCAAGUUAGAACGACCGAUAUCUUUGAUGAAAUGAAGUGCGAAGUAACAGAAGAAGGUUUAGACAAGGAAUGA